AUAUUUCACAAAACUCUAACAACCACAAACACAAGGUUAGAGAACUAACGAUUCUAAAACGUUGAACGAAACCAUACCGUGACAAUAAAUUAGUUGGGACCAUAAAGGUUGGUGUCUCUUUCAGAGUUGAGAGAAGGCCACGACAUUCUAAAUCCUGAUCCAAUCGCUUCACCAACUAAUAAAUUUUCUCAAUUUUGGACAGACAAAACAAUGAAACCUAUCGAUAAUAAUAACCACACAAACCCCAAAUAAACCCUCAGCUUCCUUAUCCCUUCUUCUGGGGACCAAAAAAAACACAGAAGAGCUUCUUCUUCUUCUUCUUCUACAUGGCAGGAGAAUAUUCCGGUAGCCGGAGUUCUAACACACAGCUUCUCGCGGAACUUGAAGCUCUAAGUGAAAACCUUUACCAGAAACCUCAGGUUUCAGUUGGAAACAGGAGAACAAACUCUCUCGCUCUCCCUCGGAGUUCUGUUCCGUCGCUUGUUACCUCUGCUGAUGAAGUGAGUACAGCACGAGCUGAGGAUUUGACAGUAUCGAAGCCGCGGGCUCGGCGUUUAUCGCUGUCUCCGUGGCGGUCGAGACCGAAACUUGAGGUAGAGGAGGAAGAGAAUGUUACUCAGAGCAACAGGAUUGUCAAGAAACCAGAGGAGUCGUCAUCGGGUUCGGGUGUGAAGGAAGAGAAGAAAGGGAUUUGGAAUUGGAAGCCGAUUCGAGGGCUGGUUCGGAUUGGUAUGCAGAAGCUAAGCUGUUUGUUAUCAGUGGAGGUUGUGGCGGCGCAGAAUCUUCCAGCGUCGAUGAAUGGUUUACGCCUUGGAGUUUGCGUGAGGAAGAAGGAAACUAAAGACGGUGCUGUUCAGACGAUGCCGUGUAGGGUUUCUCAGGGUUCUGCUGAUUUUGAGGAGACCUUGUUUAUCAAGUGCCAUGUGUAUUACUCACCGGCGAACGGUAAAGGUAGUCCAGCGAAGUUUGAGGCUCGUCCGUUUUUGUUUUAUCUUUUCGCCGUGGAUGCCAAGGAACUGGAGUUUGGAAGGCAUGUGGUGGAUUUGAGUGAGUUGAUUCAGGAGUCGGUAGAGAAGAUGAAUUACGAAGGAGCUAGGGUUAGGCAAUGGGAUAUGAAUUGGGGACUUUCAGGGAAGGCUAAAGGGGGUGAAUUGGCUUUGAAAUUAGGGUUUCAGAUUAUGGAGAAAGACGGUGGAGCUGGGAUUUACAGUAAACAAGGCGAAUUCGGGAUGAAACCGAGUAGUAAACCUAAGAAUUUCGCUAAUUCCUUCGGUCGAAAGCAAUCGAAGACGUCGUUUAGUGUUCCGAGCCCUAAAAUGACGAGCCGGAGCGAGGCGUGGACGCCAGCGAGUGGUGUGGAGUCAGUUUCGGAUUUUCACGGGAUGGAGCAUUUGAAUCUGGAUGAACCUGAGGAGAAACCCGAGGAGAAACCGGUUCAGAAAAACGACAAACCGGAACAGAGAGCUGAAGAUGAUCAAGAGGAACCAGAUUUUGAAGUUGUGGAUAAAGGAGUUGAGUUUGAUGAUGACUUGGAAACUGAGAAAUCUGAUGGAACCAUAGGUGAAAGAUCUGUUGAGAUGAAGGAACAACAUGUUAAUGUUGAUGAUCCACGGCACAUAAUGAGACUCACCGAGCUUGAUUCAAUUGCAAAGCAGAUCAAAGCGCUUGAAUCGAUGAUGAAAGACGAGAGUGAUGGAGGUGAUGGUGAAACAGAGUCACAAAGGCUAGAUGAAGAGGAACAAACUGUGACAAAGGAGUUUCUUCAGUUACUUGAGGAUGAAGAAACCGAGAAGCUGAAAUUUUAUCAGCACAAAAUGGACAUCUCUGAACUGCGGUCUGGCGAAUCCGUAGACGAUGAAUCGGAGAAUUACCUCUCGGAUCUCGGUAAAGGCAUUGGUUGCGUUGUUCAGACACGAGACGGUGGUUACUUAGUCUCUAUGAACCCUUUCGACACGGUGGUCAUGAGGAAAGACACUCCUAAGCUUGUUAUGCAAAUCUCCAAACAGAUUGUGGUACUACCAGAAGCCGGACCAGCCACUGGAUUCGAGCUAUUUCAUAGAAUGGCGGGUUCGGGUGAGGAACUAGAGUCAAAGAUAUCUUCGCUUAUGGCGAUAGAUGAGCUAAUGGGGAAAACAGGGGAGCAAGUGGCUUUUGAAGGAAUAGCGUCAGCGAUUAUACAAGGGAGGAACAAAGAGAGAGCUAACACGAGCGCAGCGCGAACUGUCGCAGCUGUUAAAACAAUGGCUAACGCGAUGAGCAGCGGAAGAAGGGAGAGAAUAAUGACCGGUAUAUGGAAUGUGGAGGAGAAUCCAUUGACUUCGGCAGAGGAGGUUUUAGCCGUCUCUUUACAGAAACUAGAGGAAAUGGUUGUUGAAGGACUUAAGAUUCAAGCUGACAUGGUGGAUGAUGAAGCUCCUUUCGAGGUUUCGGCUGCGAAAGGUCAGAAGAAUCCACUUGAAUCGACCAUUCCGCUGGAAGAAUGGCAAAAGGAGCAUCGCACACAGCAAAAGCUAACGGUUUUGGCGACAGUACAGCUCCGUGACCCGACAAGGAGAUAUGAGGCUGUAGGAGGGACAGUUGUGGUAGCAGUACAAGCGGAAGAGGAGGAGGAGAAAGGGUUAAAGGUAGGAAGUUUGCACAUUGGGGGAGUGAAGAAAGAUGCGGCGGAGAAGCGGAGGCUUACCGCGGCGCAAUGGCUUGUGGAACACGGAAUGGGAAAGAAAGGGAAGAAGAAGAGUAAUAUAAAGAAGAAGGAGAAGGAAGAAGAAGAAGAGGAGAUGUUGUGGAGCUUGUCAUCUAGAGUAAUGGCGGAUAUGUGGCUUAAAUCUAUAAGGAACCCUGAUGUGAAAUUGCAUUAGUUGAUCUUGGAGGUAUUCAUACUAUACAAUAAGAUGCAUUUGUUUAUUUAUGUUUUGUAUAUUAUUUUUUAAGAGUUUCAAAUUUUACCUGCAACAAACAUUAGUCAAAUGUCUUUUUACCAAAUUUUUAAAUUUCAGGAAUUGGUUCAACUAAUUUUCCCUAAUGUUAUGUAUUGUUUUUUUCUGGUUUUCUUUUCUAAGAAAGUCUUUUAUAUAUU